AUGCAGGAGUCUCCGGGAGCCGUGGGCGUGGACGGCAGCUACGCCAGCAACGUGCCCGCCUUCCUCACCAAGCUGUGGACGCUGACAGGAACCAGCUUCCAUGUCUUCGACCAGGGGCGCUUUGCCAAAGAGGUUCUGCCCAAGUACUUCAAGCACAACAACAUGGCCAGCUUUGUGCGGCAGCUCAACAUGUACGGCUUCAGGAAGGUGGUGAACAUCGAGCAGAGCGGCCUGGUGAAGCCGGAGAGGGACGACACCGAGUUCCAGCACCUGUACUUCCUGCAGGGCCACGAGCACAUGCUGGAGCACAUCAAGAGGAAGGUGUCCAUCGUGAAGAGCGAGGAGACCAAAGUGCGGCAGGAGGACCUGAGCAAGCUGCUGUACGAGGUGCAGCUCCUGCGGACGCAGCAGGACAACAUGGAGUGCCAGAUGCAGGACAUGAAGCAGCAGAACGAGGUGCUCUGGAGGGAGGUGGUGUCCCUGAGACAGAACCACAGCCAGCAGCAGAAGGUCAUGAACAAGCUGAUUCAGUUUCUGUUCAGCCAGAUGCAGCCCAGCAGCCCCAGCAGCUUGAAGAGGAAGCUGCCCCUGAUGUUGGACGACGGCUGCCCCAGCCCCCCUGCCAACAAGUUCAGCCACCAGAUGGAGCACAUGCACGAGUCCUUCUACAUCCAGUCGGUGAGCAAAGCUCCGGGCUAA